UCUGUCUGUCUGUCUGUCUGUCCGUCCGUCCGUCUGUCUGUCUGUCUGUCUGUCUGUCUGUCUGUCUGUCUGUCUGUCUGUCUGUCUGUCUGUCUGUCUGUCUGUCUGUUUGUUGUUUGUUUUUGUUUGUUUGUUUGUUCGUUCGUUUGUUCGUUCGUUUGUUUGUUUGUUUGUUUGUUUGUUUGUUUGUUUGUUUGUUUGUUUGUUUGUUUGUUUGUUUGUUUGUUUGUUUGUUUGUUUGUUUGUUUGUUUGUUUGUUUGUUUGUUACCGCGAAUUUUUGCGCCUUUAUCAUCUUUAUCACAGGAGAGCAUGCGAGCAGAAGUACUACUUGCUGCCCUGUGGCUCCUUGCGGUCGCCGCCCAGAUGAAAUCGCCGUGCCACGAGCAAGCGGGCCUACACGUGGAAGCUGUGCUACUACAGGACUGUAUGAUGAUUCCAAAAGGCUACAACCAAGCGGACGUCGAGUGUUUCGCAAUCGAGAGGUCGCGCUCACAAUUCCUUCCAAAAGCAGGCGUCAUAAAAGCUACUGUAACCUCUCACCUCUCAUUGUGGACAGUUCGUGAACGCAUUUGGGGCACCUGCGAGUCUCUUCGUAACGUUAGCUUUGAUUGCUGUUACCAGUAUAACAUAAAUGAGACAUCAUCACAUUCUGCUCAUGAUGUAAGUAAACUUCGACGUAUUUCGCAGAUUAACGAACCCAUUAUAGCCCAGAUUGGAGAAUGCGCAAGAGAUCAUACCCGUAUCAGCUGUAGCGUAAAAGUGUUUAUACCGUUAUCGGUGAAGGAAGAUGUGGCUGACAAGCCUAACAUAUACAACAAAUCACAGAGCACGUGCCGUAUUUCCAUUGAGACGCCUGAUGGGGCCAUCUCGGACUCUGCUCUUGCCACAAAUGUCACCUUCUUAGGAGGCACUAAAAAUUUGUCCCAAAUACUGCAAAGUCAGGACGCCUUUAAAUAUGCUACGCGAGUUAUAAUAUAUGGCUGUUCGUUCGACACGUUCGUAAUAGGUGAGUUGAAGUUAGCACCAAAUUUAAAGCACGUUAAAUUUUAUGGCACUUCAUUUAAAAAUUCAACGAUUGAAGCACUUGAACCCCCUCUGGGCGUACAAAAGCUAUCUUUCUUAAAGUCCAUAAUGAGCUCAAUUCCUCAAGCGAUAUUUUCCAUUGACACUCUUCAAAGCCUAAGCGUUAAACAUACAGUAAUUGGGUCUAACCAAUCUUUCUCAAUCGUUCCGCCGAGUCCUAUGAAGAACAGUUCGAUCACGAAUCUGAAUUUGAAAGGGACAGCGCUGUAUUCCCUGGCUGAUCGCGCCUUCUGCAACUUUCCCAUGCUUGAAAAUUUGAAUUUGCAACAGUGUUCCUUGAAAAUGAUGUACAGCUCCCCUUUCAUCUGUCUCCGACGCCUAAAGUGCCUAAAGCUCAAGAACAACGAACUAACAACUAUAACUAACGAAACCUUCCAAGGCCUGGUGAGCUUAACGACACUGAAGCUCACGAAAAACAGGAUAGCAUUUCACGAUCCUACACCUGUGUUCGCUCCACUGGUUAGUCUGAACAUUCUCCAUUUGGGCGAAAACAGGAUCGAUGUCCUCUUUCCAGAAAUAUUCGUCAGUCUUUCCGUGUCAAAGCUCACGCUAGCGCUCAACUACAUAUCGGCGUGGUCGCGACCUAUCUUCUCCCGCAUGACUUACCUCGAUAACUUGCGCCUGGAUGGUAACAAGAUUCACGUCUUAGACGACAACAUGUACAAAGACGUUGCCAACGUGUCGAACGUUCACAUCUGCUAUAAUCCCUGGGAAUGCACCAACUGUGACAUCAAGAACGUGCAACUGUUCCUGCUCGAAACUGGCCGCAAUCACUGCUGCGUGGAUUGCGUCGUCUGCAGUGACGGCCAGGGGUCGCUGUCCCACAUCCCCGUCAUGGACGCAGCUCCCGGUACCGAAAAGGCAUGCCAGCCACCGGACUACUACGUCAUGAUAGGUGUGCCAAUCAUUAUGAUCGUCCUUCUCGGCUCGGUGACGUCUUACGCCGUGUACACGAACAGGUGGUACAUCCGAUACUUCUUGCUCUUCCUCCGCGUCAAAACCAAGGCUUAUAAGCGACUGCGUUCGGCGGACCGCUUUCUGUGGGACGCCUUCGUCUCCUAUCACCACUCGGACGCCGAAUGGGUGCACGAGCACAUAGUUCCGGCGCUGGAAUCAACGGUACUUCGAUUCCGUUUGUGUGUCGCGGAACGGGACUUCAUACCGGGACUCCCAAUCGCGGAGAACGUGUGCCGAGGCAUAGCGCAGAGCCGUAAGUCAUUGUUCGUGCUGAGUAGUCAGUUUUCCGCGAGUCGCUGGUGCAUGUUUGAGCUUACGCUGGCGCAGCAUCGCCUGUUCGAGUCGAACCGCGAGAACCAGAUGGUCUUCAUACGCCGUGAGCCGAUGGACGAGUCCACCCUGUGCCCUUUGCUGAGCUACCUAUUCAGGACGAAGACCUACGUACAGGCACCACCCGAAGACGCCGACGAAAGUGUGCGCCAUUACUUCUGGCUGCAGCUUCGCGCGGCUUUGGAGUUGUAAAUGUAGCGCACUGUAGCGUGCCAGUUACAGUUUUGCCAGCUACAUUUUAUGCCGUCACCUAUCGUCGUAUACCUAGUGGCUUUUUUUUUUUUUUUUAGUGUGAUGUUCACGAGGAUUUCGUGUCUUAAGGUGCUGGGGAUGGUGGUUGUAGGGCGCCGUAACGGUGCACUAGUGGUAUCGUAAUAUGAUGCUGCAGACGUAAACUUGCAGCGCUACGCUCCCGUGCCCUGCAGAACAGCCAUUUCCGUUGUUAUGUUGCGAGCGUUACCUCAGUGAAUGGCAGGCUACUGAGCCGGGCUACAGAGUCAACCUCGAAAGUGUGUUACAGUAUGUUUAUCUAUCGACCAAAGUUCGCUGAACUAUCUACAGUUAGCCACGUAAUACGGCAAUAUCAACGCUAUGUGCUUCCUAUUUCUGAAAUAAAAAAGGUGUCAAUU